GUGUAAGCGCCUCUCGGAGGGGAGGGUGAUCGGGCGGCCGUUCUGUUGGCAGAAGGGCAUCUAUUUCCCCAGCAUUCCCCUGCAUCCUCCAUAAUUCCUGUGUCUGUCCUUCUGUCUGGCCAUUCUUCAAGAUCGACAUCAUCUGGAGAGAUCUCGUCUGCGCUGUUUGGCUUUUGUGGGCUUUGAAAUAUGGCAAGCAGCUUUGCAAGGAUUUUAUCCAGUAAAAGGAAGGUGGGCAUCUUGUCGUUGGUCGGUGCGGGGUCUUUGACCGUGGGAUUCUUCCUGAAUAGAGAGCAGCAUGUCAGUGCUGGAGCGAACGUCCGGAGAAUCUAUCCUGCCAGCGCUGAAUAUCCAGAUUUGCGAAAGCACAACAAUUGUAUGGCCAGUCACCUGUCACCUGCUGUAUACGCCAAGCUGUGUGAUAAAGCCACUCCGAAUGGUUACACUUUGGACCAAGCCAUCCAAACAGGUGUGGACAAUCCAGGCCAUCCCUUUAUUAAGACAGUCGGCAUGGUGGCAGGGGAUGAAGAGUCAUACGAGGUCUUUGCUGACCUCUUUAACCCAGUCAUCAAAGAAAGGCACAAUGGUUAUGAUCCCUACAAUAUGAAGCACCCCACAGACCUGGAUGCCAGUAAGAUACGGGGUGGCUUGUUCGAUGAGAAGUACGUGCUGUCGUCAAGAGUCAGGACAGGCAGGAGUAUCCGGGGCCUGAGCCUGCCCCCAGCCUGCACCCGUGCUGAGCGCAGAGAGGUGGAGAGAGUUGUGGUUGAUGCUGUGGGAGGCCUACAGGGUGAUUUGGCUGGCAAAUACUACAGUCUCACUCUAAUGACUGAACAGGAGCAGCAGCAGCUUAUUGAUGAUCAUUUCCUGUUCGAUAAACCUGUGUCACCCCUGCUGACAUGUGCAGGCAUGGCUCGUGACUGGCCCGACGCGAGAGGCAUCUGGCAUAACAAUGAGAAAACCUUCUUGGUGUGGAUCAAUGAGGAAGACCACACUCGUGUGAUCUCCAUGGAGAAGGGGGGCAACAUGAAGAGGGUCUUUGAGCGUUUCUGCAAGGGCCUCCAAGAGGUUGAGAGACUGAUACAGGAGAAAGGUUGGGAAUUCAUGUGGAACAAGCAUCUGGGUUACAUCCUCACCUGCCCAUCAAACCUGGGCACAGGCCUACGAGCCGGUGUCCAUGUUACCCUUCCUCGUCUCAGCAAGGAUCCUCGUUUCCCUAAAAUCCUGGACAACCUGCGGCUCCAGAGGAGAGGGACUGGGGGAGUGGACACAGCAGCUGUUGGAAGCACUUUUGACAUUUCCAAUCUAGACAGGCUGGGCCAAUCAGAGGUCCAACUAGUGCAGACAGUGAUAGAUGGAGUGACCUAUCUUAUUGAGUGUGAGAAGAAAUUGGAGAAAGGCCAAGACAUCAAAAUCCCUGCCCCCGUCAGCCAGUUUAAAUAGACUGGCAGUAACCUCGCCCCUUCUUUGCUCCUCCUUCUCCUGGCUCCUCCCUUCCUCCUGUCUGUCAAUCCUCCUACAAUAUUCUGCUAAUAAUGUUCCAUACAGCAUGCCUCUGUGUGUUACAUCAGUCAUAUACUGCACUCCAGUAUAAAAACAGGAGUGAAUGUAUCGUACUUCAUGAUUGUGUUAAUGUGCCACUGAUGAUUUGUCACAUUGUAACUUACUUGAUUGUGUUGCAAUAAUACUAUUAUAACCAUUGUCAAGAUUGCCUCAGGUUUAAGAGAAUUAAACAGAUGUUUUUUUGUAAAAGAUGAUGACGAUAUAAAUUGCUUAUUGAAGGA